CAGAGGCCCUCACGCCUCACUCAUAGGCACAGGCGCACAGCAGCACGCUGGCAGCUGGUACUACAAAAACAGGCGUCAUUUUUCUUUGCCUCCCUCUCCACUUGUUUGGCUCCCUUCUUCACCCUCCCUCGUAUGAGCCGAGCAAGGUUGGGCAGCAACAUGACUAGUUUUAUGUAGAGCAAACUUCACAGCGAGAGAAAAAAAUAUCUUCCCUGGCUCAGAGAUCCCCCACAAGACCAGCAGAAGAAAAAAAACCCAACAUUUUUCAGUUAUAUCUUUUGCUACCGAGCAAACAUCACAGCUUUUCUUCUUGCUAUUUUUCUUCACAUUUUGUAGACACCCUACCUUCAGUGUUCUACAAACAUAGUAGAUUCAGCCAGCAGAAAAACAAAAUUCUCGUUUUGUUCUGGUCACUAGGUCCAAUCUUCCUCCAGUAGAUUCAUCCAGCAAGAUCUUGGUUCUGUUAUUUCUGCCCGUGUACUCGAGAAACAAUCCCGCCUUCAAUAGCAGCAGGCUUCCCAUCUCUAGAAUCCAUUCUGCUGCCGCCAACUCUUCAAGCAAGUGAAGAUUCAGCAGCGGGAGAAAGGCCAAGUCUCCAGCGAUGGCAGCGGCGCUGGAGUGCUGGUCGGGUCGGCCGAGCACCGACGAGGAGAUGGUAGAGCAGGUUCUCAUGAAGCCCCACGGGCGUUCGGACGACUCCCUCCCGACCUGCGCCGACUCUGCCUACGCCGGCGAGCCGACGUCGGCGCCCGCGCCCCCCAAGAAGUGGCAGCGGCUGGGCCGCAACUUUGCCGGCGCCAUCGCCGCGUUCAAGAACACGCUGAGCCUGGAUGGCGGCGGCCUCCCCCGCGACCCCUCACCGCGAGCCGAGAAGCCGCCACCGCUCCUCCUCCGUGGCCUCACGCAGCUCUACUCCCGCGGCGCCGCCAAUCAGCAGCUGCCGGAGAAGCUCGUCGCUGACCUCCGCCGCCACUUCGACGCUCUCCCCAACAGCUACGGACAGGCAGGAUUUGACAUGAAAGAUGUCCUCUUGCAUGCCCGCCUUGUAGAGCAGGCAACCGGUGAGGAUCAGCCUGCAGUGAACAUUGAGGAAGUUCAUGGCAGAGGAAGUGGUGAAGAAGGCACUGUUUUCCAGCUAACAUUUGCUUGCACAGCCCCGCUCUCAUGGCAGUCAAUGUCAGGAUCACUAGACAGCCCUUCGUUCUGUUGCAAGAAGAUCCAGAUCUUUGAGAAGAGAGGGUUGACACUUGGUGUUGUCAUGAUACUUGUGCAAACAGGGAAUGAGGCGCUCUUCAAGAACCGGGUUGAGUCUGCACUGAAAUCAGUAGUAAAGAAGCAAAGGAAGAACAGUGGUGGUGUGAAGCUGCCAUUUGGGCUCUGUGGUUGUCAAGAAGAAGGAUCGAGAAACUUUGAUGAGGAAUCAAUGUUUGAUCCAGAUGAUGGUCAGGUACUUGACAAUGAGCCGACGCGCAGACCACAGCUUCCCACUCCCUUGCCACAGUCAUCAGUCUUCGUCUCAGUAGAUGAAUGGCAAACCAUUCGCUCUGGUGGUGAGGAGCUCGGUCGCUGGAUGCUGCAUUCUGAGGAGAUUGAGUUCAUUGAUUGGGUUGGUGCGAAUUCAUUCAGGGGUGUCUAUAGAGGAAAGAAGGUUUGGGUUAACAAAUUGAGGGGCUGUGACAUGGGAAGUGCUUAUGACGUCGAGAUUCGCCAGGACUUGCUGCAGUUGAUGAGCUGUGGCCAGAGGAACAUCCUCCAAUUCCAUGGCAUUUGUUUCAAUGAAAACCAUGGGCUGUGCAUAGUAACGAGGAUGAUGGAAGGGGGAUCAGUUCAUGAUAUUCUUAUACAGAGAAACAAGAGGCUGUCCCUCCGAGACACGGUUAGGAUCGCUCUUGAUGUCGCUGAUGCUCUGGCUUUCAUGAACAACUAUGGCAUUGCAUACCGUGAUCUCAAUGCUCGGAAGAUCCUGCUAGAUAGGCAAGGGAAUGCUUGCCUUGGGGACAUGGGCAUUGUUACCCCUUGUAGUAAUGUUGGUGAGGUCACUGAGUAUGAGACAUCUGGGUACCGAUGGCUGGCUCCAGAGAUCAUUGCUGGAGAUCCUGAAACCGUCACCGAGACCUGGAUGAGCAACGUCUACAGCUACGGAAUGGUGCUCUGGGAGAUGAUCACCGGAGAGGAGGCCUACUCCACCUACUCGCCCGUGCAAGCAGCAGUCGGAAUCGCCGCCUGCGGGCUGAGGCCGGAGAUCCCCAGAGAUUGUCCUCCUUUCCUGAGGUCACUGAUGAACAGGUGCUGGGACAAUUCCCCUCUGAAGCGCCCUCAGUUCUCUGAGAUCAUAUCCAUCCUACAAAAGCAGAAUGCUUGUUAUAUGAUGGCUCACAUCUCUUAUCCCCUAAAAUGCCAGUCCAUCUUGGAAUCUUGAAUUAGCCCACAGAAGGUGACGUGAAAAUGAAAGGGCGUGAGAAUUUUAAUUGCAGGAUAUAGGGGGGAUGAAGGGCAGUGUCUUGCCACAUCCUCUACAACAACCUGCAUAGUGCUUAUUAUUAAGAGCUAGUACCAUUCACAGCAAUGUUUGGAUGCACAUUGUUGAGUACUAGCAUAUAGCAAUGUUGGAUCUACUGGGGGGCUGGGGGCGGGUCUUUGGGACAGGUCAAGAUCUGCUAAGAUUCCCCCGGCUGACCUGCUCAAGAUUGCGAUGUGGCGUGGCGAAAUAUGGGUCAAAAUUGAGGAGCCGCUCACCUCUCAUGUCCACAUCUGCUUCUACUCCAUGUGUCUGCCUGCCUGUGAUCACGCCAUGUGCUUCCAUGGCCAUGGCGGCCUCCCUAUCCCUAUAAUUGGUGUCUCGUUUUCUUGGAGCAGUGUCCACCUACGACUUUGUCAAGACUUUGAUGCUGCAUCCUGGUAGCUUCUCUCUUUAUUCCAUUUGCGCCAUGCCCCUCCAUUUGGGAGAUACCCAAUCCUUGAACAACGUGUGCCGGUUGCCAGAAAAUAGUGGUGAAUGAUUGUGUCACCCCUACUUAUUUCGUUUACCCGGCCAAGCAGCUGGCCUUGUUU